AUGGAGUCUAUCCCUACUCUUCGGGGGUGUUUGCUAGCGCAAUGCCGACGCCCAACUCGACGAGUAUCAUCAAUCUUUCUCGAUUUCCUUGCCCCCACUGCGGUCCGAUCCCAGCACCGAUACGCCUCUACGACCGGAACGGACGGUACCUCUAAGCCUCGAUAUGUUCUGAGCAAGAAACAGCGUGAAUUCAUGGACAGCGCUCUGCGGGUCAAUCAGGCCGGUGAGCUCGCCGCGACUCGCAUCUACACCGCGCAAACCCCUCAAAUCGUCCGAUCCCAUCCACACCUCCGACCCUUAAUGAAGCACAUGUACGACCAGGAGGCAGGCCACCUGAAGACAUUCAACCAACUUGUUGCGAAGCAUGAGAUCCGUCCGACAGCCAUGUACCCGUUUUGGGAGGCUGCAUCUACUUUCCUAGGAUGGUCCACCGCCGCGCUGGGUCGGGAAGCAGCCAUGGCAUGUACCGAGGCGGUGGAGACGGAGAUCGGUUCACACUACAACGACCAAGUGAGGGAGAUCCUAUCUUGGGAGGCGGAUGCAGAACGAAAGGGGGAGGAACUCGAUGAUGAGCUCAAGGAGAUGCUGAGCACAUUCCGACGAAUUCGAGAUGAGGAAUUGGAGCACCUGGACCACGCAGUUGCCAACGAUUCUAAGGAGGCUAGGCCGUACGAUCCACUGGUGGAUGUGAUUCGUCUAGGGUGCAGGACUGCUAUCAAGAUCAGUGACAAGGUCUAA